CAGUGGAGCUUUCGUGCACUUAGGUUGGCAGCAUAUGGCGACAGCCGCUGGUAUACAUUUCGUCCGCUAGGGGUCGUGGCUGCUUCGCGACAUUUUACAUUGUAUUGACUUGCUCAUCGUACGCUGUAAAUAUUGUUUUUUUUUCUUGUUUCUGUCGUCGUGUGUGGAUUGAAUGUGUGGUGAAGGUUUACUAAGGUGUUUGUGCGUGUAUAUAAUGUGUUUUCCGACGAAAUGGUGAAGGAUUUAGUUAAAUACGGGGUCCUACGGCCGCCAUUCUCCAGGUAAAAUCUAUCCUAGGGUCGGCAAUGUCCGACCACCGGGGUUUUAGUUAUGUUUAAAUCAUGGAUCAAGAAGUAAAACAAAGAAAUAGACGCAGAAAACGCGCCCAGCGUAUGCAGGCACAGAGAGAAAAUAACCCCAAACAACGAGAUGGAGACAGCGCAGAUGAAGACAUUGUCAGAGAAAAGCCUCAACGGCCCCCUAACAGACGAAAAAAAUCUAAAGAGCCCCUUUGCGAGGAGGACAUCAUCGACGGAUUCGCGAUUCUUGGAUUCAAGACUUACGACGACUUAGAGCUCGUCCUGAAGAUAUCGAGCAAAGAGAACAUCAAGCGUUUAGUCGAGAUCGAGAGACCAAAGUUAGAGACGAAAGAGCGUAUCACCCACCAUAUAUCGGUCCAUAGUAAUCACGCCUUGACCUUGACGCACGACCUAGCGACAAGCGACGACAGCGGCCGAGCGUCAGAACGACUGACCGGAUCUUCUGUGCCACCACGUGAUGCCGACAGUUCCAGAGACAGACUCAGCGAUGCGAGCAGCCGUUGCAGUUCUGGAAAAGGAUAUAUCUGUGAUAGCGAGGGCGAAGACGACAAGGGUUCCGAUGCCAGUUCGGUGAUAUUCGGCUCGGCCCCGGCCUCGAGAAAACACGAGUUUCCCGGCGCCCUACCGCCCAGCCUGCCCCUCAGCAAUGGCCUGAACGGAUCGCCAGUGCCGGCGCCCACGCCGCCCAACUUGCCCGCACCAUCGCCCGCUCCAGCUCAACUGCCGCCCGUUCAUCCGCCCGUGGCCAUAUCGUCGGCUACGGUACCGGUCGCCUCGACGCCCACCCCCGUCACGACGACAGUUCUCCACAAGCCGCCCCAAGAUUCGAUACCUUGUAUGACGCCCACCUCGGUGACCAGCAUGCCGCCCGUAAGCAUACCGGUGACCAUGCCGCAACAAGCGGCCGCCCCCUUGGCAUUGCACCCUGCCGCCCUCGACCCGUCGUCUGGCCCAGGACAGGGCAUGCGCACGGACAGCCCGGCCGUCGGGACGUCGGCGAACGCCGCCGCGGCGCCCGGCACGGGUGGAAAGCAGUACCACCAGGUGCCGACGUACCAGCCGAUGUACGCUCCCUACUCGGUGCAUCAGCCGUACGCGUCGACCGCCUCGGCGACGGCGGCGUCAGUACCGACCGCCGCCUCAGCUUCGGCGCCCACUUCCUCCGCCGUCACGACGGUGGCGACCAGCACGGCGUCGGCGAUGAGGAGAACGCCGACGCCCGUCCGGGCGCAGCCGAGUCCCGGUAUCAGAGAACGGGAGAGUUACAGCAAUGUGAGCAGUCUAAGUCGCGGAAGUACAACUCCCCAACAACAACAGCAGCAGCCACAGCAACAACAUCAGCAACACCAACAACAACAGCAGCAGCAGCAACAACAGCCACAGCAACUGCCACCUAUGUCGCAACAGCAGCCAGUACUGCCUCAGAGUUGUCCGCCGCCCACCACAGUGUCUUCUAGUCUAGUCCUUAGUAAACCCUGGAGCUCGACGGCUCCCGUCCCGACGCCGCCGGCGGCAAUGCCCGCCCCCCAACCCAGCUCGGCGCCCCUUCCGCCCAGGCCCACGCCGCCGCUACACCCUGGUUUUCCGGCGCCCAUGUUCGCCGCCCCUCUGCCCCCGGUUUCUACCGCCAGCCCACAUGCGGCGCCCGUGCAGCCCACCGCCCAGCCGCCCCAGAGUAACCCCUUCUCUGCGGAGAAUUUAUUUCAAACGAAUCAAACCGAUAUGUUGAGGCGAGAAUUGGACAAUCGGUUUCUGGCUUCCCAAGAUCGAGGUAUGGGCGUUGCCCCACCACCGUACUUAAGAACCGAAAUGCAUCAACACCAACACCAUCACACGCAUGUCCACCAGCAUACAACGUCGUUACUACCUCCGCCUGCUGGAUCAGCACUUUUUCCAUCUCCAUUGACGAUGAAUCCCAUGAAUAGACUGGCAGGAAGACCUGGAAGUAGUUUCAAAGAUAUACCUAAACUUGGGGGAGUGGAAUCGCCGUUCUAUCGACAAAACUUGGGAAUUCCCAACUAUCCUGGAUACACACCCCCUGGGCUCAUGCAUCCUGGAUUAACAGCAGGACCUACACCCUUCGUUCCGCCCACACACCUUCCAACUUUCCAGCCAAAGUCGUUAACAGCUGAUCCGACGAAGCCUAAAGUUGUGAAAUCCGGCAAAUGGAACGCGAUGCACGUACGGGUAGCCUGGGAGAUCUACCACCAUCAGCAGAAGAGCGGAGAGGCCAAGGGUUCAGCCGUGAAGACCGACCUUCUACGGCCGCCAACCCAUCUGUUCUCUCCCAGUGUUCAUUCAACCCGACCUCACGAACUGGCGUUCCCGCCGUCGCUGUCUAGCCACAGACCUCCCGGAUUCGACCAGCCCCAUCCCAGUUCGCUGUUCACCGCACCACCCUCUCAUCUGAUGGCCAAAUCUCCGUUCACAGGUAGCACUUUGUCGCCGUUCAGCAGAUACGGUGCCGGUGGAUUCCCCGGAGCAGGACCUUCCCCCUUCGGACUGUCCCAUUUCGCAAGCACGAGGGACAUGGGUCUGGGAGGUAUGCACGACCCAUGGCGUAGCAUGCAACGGUCGGUUGGCAGUUUUCCACCCUCCGUAAAUCCUCUACCACCAACGUUGCCAGGUUUACCGCCUCCGGCGCCAUGGUCCAUCAAGCCGGAUCCCAUACUGGAGCAGAGGGAGAGAGAAGCAAGAGAAAGAGAGGAGAGGGAAAGGGAAAGAUUGAGGAGAGAGAGAGAAGAGAGGGAAAGAAGGGAGAGGGAGGAGAAACAAAGGCGAUUGGAACAGCAGCAACAGGAGCAGCGCGAACGCGAGCGUAGGGAGAAGGAACGCAGAGAAAUGGAGCGGCGCGAGAUGGAGAGAGAACGUGAGCGCGAGCGCGAAAGAAUGCUGCACCAACAACGUAUGGCAGAGUCCGCGAAGCAGGUGAUGCCAUCUAUGCGCGACAGAUCGCCACACAGAAGCGUGCAAGAACUUUCGGGCGAGAUUCGGGUGAAGGAAGAGCCACGCAUCAAGGAGGAAGACAUGUUGAGCCGAACGGCGCCUGAUCCCAGAUACGCCCCUCACUCGUACUUAAGACAUCAUCCGCUGCAACCGCCACCCCCACCCAGCAUGCUGGACCGUUCCCGGAUGAUGCAGGCGCACGGUUUGCACUACCCGGGACCCCCGGCGACCCAUUGGCCCCCCCAACACGACCCGUUCUAUCGGUAUGACGCCCUCAGGUACAAUCCACUUAUGGACGCCAUAAGAGCGGAAGAGGAAAGGGCAAAACUGUUCGGUACUUAUGCAGCGCACCAUCCGCCACAGAUGAGGACGAAGGAUCCGUCGCUGAUGCAUCUAAGGCCCGGCCCCGGACCUCCGCCCCCACCAUCGCAUCAUCUAUCCCAUAAAAUGAGUGUGACGCCACCCACCGAUCUACACAAGAAGGAGGAGCCUCGAUAGCAGAACGAGAAACUUUAAAAUGGUUUAAACACGUGAACUUGAAAAGUCGGAUUCGCUGCGCGAUGCGAUGAGAGCCCCUGUCAACUGACAACCUGUCACUUGUCAAUUUUGGUCUCCCAACCUCCAAUGUCGCUUAUUCAUUUGAAAUCGACUGCGGGUUGCUCCGUUUGGCAUGGACGACCUUCAUCGUACAAAUUGAAUCCAGUCUAGAUCUCAUUUUCGAUUGGCAUGAAAAAGUGUGGAGGAAUUAUCAGCGUGAAAGAUAUUUUUACAGUGGUUUUGUAAAUGUAUUUUGUAGAAUAACACAAAGUUCGACUCGAUUAUUUGUAAUUACACAUUUACAAUUUUCAGAUAGUAGGACGUGUUUGUGAAGAGACUUGCGAAUGGACUUUAUUAACAAAAAUUAUUUCUGCUGUUUGAUUGUCUUUCGAAUCUCUGUUUUCAGUAUUUUUGUACGCGAAAGGUUUAAGUCGUCUGGUUAAUUUUUAAUCGUGAAAUUUUUUAACAGUCUGUAAUAAUCAAAAUACCCUGAUACUGCCCGAAGUUUUUUGUAAAUAUUAACGCUUCUGAUGGCGGCACUUUACUAUUGAAUCUGUAGGACUCUAAUUGAAGAUUCUCCAUUUUAUUAUUUAUUAAUUGUAUAUUUUUCUAGAUAAUUUAUUUAAGACUGAUGAAAUUUCAUUCUUAUGUAACUUUUCAUAAUUUGAGUAGGACUCUGAUAUCAGCUGAGGUAAAAUUAACUUCAGUCAAAAAAGCUUGUCAGAGUUGAAUUUGGAACUUUCUUCAUAUGGAUAUCUUUCGAAGAUAUCGCACAUAACUUGCAGACAUAUCUUGAACUUUGGAAAAUUAAAAGUUUGCUUUCAAUCUUCUGGAGAUUUUCAAGAAAUUUCACUUUGAGGGUGGAUUUCAAACUUGGUAAUUUUCUGUCAAUUCCAUUAUGGUGCUCUCAUUUGAGGCUUCAGAUAGAAAACAAAGGCCUUUGAAGAAAGUUUCAAAAUUACAAGUUGACAUCGCCUUCUUGAGUUAAUAAUGUACUUUGGUGGAAUUGAAGUAUAUGCCGCUGUAUUAUUUUUACAAAAACACCUUUUUGAAAAACUUGUAAAUAGCUUUAUUAUAUUGUGAUAUAUAUUAGUUAGCUUAGCGUGAAAUAUUUCAACUUAUUCAAUAUACGUAAAUUAGGUAAUAACUUUAGACAAUUUUUAUUUUGUUAUUUCAUUCAUAAUUUUUUGUUCAGUAUUAAGAUCUCUUGAUGAAUUUCAGGAUCUUAGGUGUACAUCUACAAAUUGAUUUUUCACUUCAUUUUAUUCAGUGCCAAAUUUGUGUUUGUUAUAAUCAAAUUGUAAAUAAAAUGAGGACCAAUACUCCAUUGGCCACUGCAUAAUAAUGAUGAUGGAUAUAUAAUUCUUAUAUAAUUUAUUACAAGAAAAAUUAUUUUUGGCUUCGUAAAUUAUUGAACUGUAAAUAUAAUUUAACUGUUGUAUAUUGUAUGUAAAGCUGAAAAGAACAUUUUGGAGCUUGGUUGUAUAAUUGGUUGAGGCAAUUUGUAUAAUUAUGUACUCUCAAAACACUUUUUUAAUUUAUUUGUUGAAGAUACAGUGGCAGUUACUUAAUUUCCGCAAGCUGAAUUUUUAUCAUAAACAAGCUUGUCUGUAAUAUAUAUUCGUAUUUAAAUGCGUGUAGAUAUUGGCCUUGUCUAAGUACAAUUGAAUAUGUAGAUAAUUAACUAUUUGUGCUCUAUCCAUGUUUGUUAGAAGACAUUUUUUAUGUGUAUGAUUCUGAAAGAAUCACAGUGAUGUAAUAUAUAAAUAAAACAUUGUUUCUAUAAUUUAGAAACAUUAGUCAUA